UCUAUACUACGUGCAUUACUCGGUAUGCACGUACGUAUACGUAUACGUAAAAGCAACAUUUUCCCGAUACCAAGGGCUAACUAUACGUGAAAUCUGACUACAUGUGUUCGAGGGAGUAAUUUACUACAUAUUAGAACAGGAUUUCUCCACUUGAUAAAAAUUCGUAAGCCUAUAAGAAGAUAGAUGAGACUUAUGAGAAAUAAAACGAAAUUGAGCAGAACUUUCCUCCACCAUGGACCAGGAUGGAGUGCUUUUUUAUGUAGUGGUUUCGGGCAAAGAGUAUAUAGAGUACGGUUUCGGGCGUAUUUCUACCAUAGUUUCUGCGAUGGUGCUGAGUGUCGAUCGGUUUUCGAUUAUUUCUGUUGUAGAACGCGGUGUUUCAAUUUCGAUGCAAAACUUACCUUUAUCAUCAGUCUAAUAAGCAAUCUUACAUACUUUUUCUGCUAUUAAUUUGUUGAUGAAAAUUCGUCCAUAGGGUAGCAUGGAUGCUUUACUAUUUUUUGGGAACAAGACGAAUGAAAGUUAAUGCUUUAUUGUUUAUCCUUUCAUAACUUCCCUCUUUUCUCACGAAUAACGAAAAUAAAAACAUAAUCCCAGAAGAACAGAAGGUUACCAAAUAUUUCGUAAUUAGCUGUAAUGAACAAGACGGUUCCAAAUUGAAUAUUUGACUCUGCUAAAAUCUGGCAGUCAAAAGUCGGUGGGCUUAAUUAGAAGUAACAUGUCUUUUAUAGAGAAUCGUUUGUUGUUGAGAAGCUAGUGAAACACAUCCUAAUCCCAUUUUCUAUUAAAAACAAUGAAUGAAGUGUUUUGUAAUUCAGUGCCAGGGAAUCAUCAUCCCUUGGAUGAAAAAUUAAGACCAUCAAGUACUUAUAAUGAUUCAGAUAGAAAGAAAUUUCCUGGAGUUCAUAAAGUUGUCGAUGUGUCUUUGUUGCAUAAUUGUGUCUCUGCUGGCGAAUCUCAACAUUUUGAACUGAAUGGUCAUCAUAUUGUGACAUCUGAAACUGCAUUUAAUGAAGUGUCAUGUUGCACUUCUGAAAAAUUAACAGUUGAUAAGAGUGAACCAUUACAAGCAAUUCCCCAAAAUUACCCCACCUAUGACUUUCAUUCAGUGUAUUAUGAUGAAGUUGUUAAUUAUAUUAGAACGAAGACACUACCUGAAAAUUGUAGCAUGAACUACAAAAUGCUUCUGAAGAAACGUGCAAGGAAUUAUUCUGUUAAAAACGGAAUCUUGUUUUAUGGAGAAAAAAAAGUUCUGAGAACUAAAGCUGAACAAGUGCAAAUGUUAGAAAAAACUCACGUGGAAGAAAAAACAGGUGUUCAUCUUGGAGUUAAAAAGAUGUCGCAAAUUAUUAAUGCCCUCUAUUUUUGGAGAGGACAGUAUGUUGACAUAGCUAACUUCGUGAGACAGUGUACAAAGUGUACCGAAUUCUCUGAAUGCUUCUCCCGGAAAGAGAAUGUGGAGUAUGACACUAUAGUUGAAAAAUCCAUUCUGCCUGAUGUGUGUGAGAUAUGGCAAAAAGUAGAACUUAAUUUGCAUGGACCAUAUUUCAAGGAUGAUGGACAGUCGAUGUUUAUUGCAACUAUUGUAGAUCCAGUGUCUCAUUAUGUUGUUGCUAGACUUGUGGCAACAGAUAACUGUUCAUCCCAAUUGUCUUUUUUUAUUCUUGACACCUUCUGCACCUUUGGAGCAGUGAAAUGUUAUUUGAACGAGACAUGCAAGCAGUAUCUAGAUGCUGUGAAACUUACCUUGAAGCAACAACAUACUUUUAUUCAGAAAAUACUGACUCCAAGCAAUCAAUCAUUUCAUGAUUUUGUGUUCCCUCUUCCUCAAGGGCAAGAAGAGUGUUCAUGGAUCCAAUCCUGUUUGGAACCUUAUGUUGCCAAUUUUAUGCCAUUGACUGAAGCAGAUUUGUGUGUUUACAUAUUUGAACUAAAUAUAAAAAUUUCCAGUUCAUGUCCAUUCAUUAGAAUGUUCAAUAGGCAACCUUAUCCUAGACCACAAGAUAAUAAAGAGAACACAAAUAUCAAUGUAGAACCCCAAAAAAUUGAUAGACACAAAAUUUCACAAAGAAGGUUGCUAAGAAGUAGUGUAUUACAGUGUCGACACUGUGAAGAAUUGUUUACUUCUAAAAUUUCAUUUCGCAUACAUCAACGGAAGCACACUGAAGAAGCGCAAAAAAGAGGAAUGCUAGAAGGUCAAAUUAAAUGUUUUGGGGAUAAAGAUAGAAGAGUGUUACAAAGACCUUUUUCAAAGCACAGCUCAAUCACAGUUAAAAGACGUAGUCAUUCACAAUGGGAGACCAAGAGUAAAGGAAGUCCCCAGGAUGAUGAUGGUCAGACCUUGAUACAAAGUAAUGUUAAUGAAUGUAGGCGUGCAGAACUAAGGGCUACCACUGUUGAGGCUGUAAGGCGGCUUUUAGCAAAAACAAGAGACAAAAGAAAACGGCGGGGAAAGUACAAAAAAUUUCCUACCGAUAUUCAAGAACAAAUGGCCCAAUAUGCAAUGGAGCAUGGAAGUUUAUUAACUGUUCGUCACUUUUCAGAAAAAUUAGGAGUGGUUGUUAGUGAGAGUACUGUGAGAAACAUUCUGAAAUGGUGUCAGUGUUUUACACCAGAAGUGAAAGACAACAUUGGGAAAUUUGCUGUUGAGUUUGGAAUAGAGGCAGCUGCUUCUCAUUUUUCAGAGCAUUUAGGGCGAGAUGUUAGAUUUGGAUUAAUUCGAAAAUUCAAAAAAAGUUAUUUGGCUCGAUAUUCUAAUUUGAAAUAUUCAAAUGAAAAAAAAACUGAAAAAACAAGUUUUGGAUGUGCUACUGAUGUUUCUAACAUUCCGAAUGAGGUUUCCUCCUCUGAAAUGAAGGAAGCCAUAGGACGUUAUGCUAGUGAACAUACAGUAUCCUUGGCUAUCAGUCAUUUCUCUCAGCAAUUUAACAUAAAUUUGAGAGAACAUGUAGUUCGAAAGUAUAGAAAAUUGUAUCAGGAUAAACAGAAAAGUGUGCAACAGCAACAGCAGCAGCAGCAGCAGCAGCAAUGCUUGUGUUUACAACAGCAAACUCUAGAUUUGCAACCGCAAAUUCAACAACAACAACAACAACAACAACAACAACAACAACAAACGUCUCCAAAGCAACAGUCAGUACUCCAUCAUCAUCAUCAUCAUCAGCAGCAGCAGCAGCAGCAGCAGCAACAACAACAACAACAACAACAACAACAACAUCAACAUGAACAUCAACAACAACAACCACAACAGCAGCAGCAGCAGCAAAACUUUGAACACCUCCAGCCACUUCAGGAAGAGCAACCGACAGUAGUUGCAGUUCACCAAUCGCAGGCAAAGUUGCAUAAUGAACCCUUGGUUUGUGACAAUGGUGUCACACUUCUUUCGUUGCAGCAACCAUCCAGUUCUAAUGGACAGGAAAAUGCUAUUCAGACGUCUAAUCAAACAAUUGAUAUUCUUCAGACAUCUUUGAAUUUACUGAACAAUCCCCAAUUAAAUAAUUCGACUGCCAUAAUGUAUAAUACCCCUUAUCAAAUGCCUUCCACUUCUCAUGUUCCUUCAAAUCAACUUAUUUCAUUAAAUCAGCAACAGAAUGCACAAAUAACAUUUCAUACCAUGAACCAAUGCAAUAAUGGCAAUGUUCCUUCAUCUGUAUCCCUUUCAUAUCAAUCACAAGAUGUACCUAUUUCCACAUCUGUUAUUAUUAACCAAAAUGUGGCCACUGUACAAACAUUUCCUAACACACAGAUGUAUCCAGCUUUUACUCAAACACACUCUGUUCAGCCAGCAACUUUAACAGUUUCUGAUAGUAGUCAACAGCUGCCUCCUGCAGGAACUGCUAUAUCCAGUCUUCCUCACCAACCUCGACCUUUACCAUCUCAUUCAGGUCUUCCAACCAUUACAGUUGCUGUUGCGCCUCUUCCAGCUGACCCUCAUUUUCAAACAGCCAGUAGUCAACCAGCUGUUGUUCUCUCUCAGCCUGUCCCUCAGCCAAUUUUAGUAUCUCACUCGCAGACAGGGACAACUCUCCUGCAACACAUCUUUGAUUCCCAACCUCAUCUUCAUGCUACUCCUCCCCUAAUUCCCCAGCAAAUAAUGAAUGAAGUGCACACUAGUGUUCAUGCCUCACAAACAUUUUCACAAGAUGUUGAUAAGCAUGCUGCUGUAACUUCUGAGGUGUUAUCACCUGCCAUAGGAAGUAAUAUCCCUACUGAUAUAUAUGAAAACCCAGCUCCAUUUGUACCUGAAAACAGAAGUCCUCCUUUCACCGACUCUGUGAGAUCCCAUUGUGCAGAAGACAUGGAGGUAAAGAGAGGUCAUAAGUAUACUGAGGGAUUAAAGAAUUUAGAAUCUCAUGUUUCAUUGACAAAGAUGACAACUUCUUUGUUCAAUUCUCAGGUGGCUGCUCUGCAGCCAUUGGUUUGUAACCAUCCCAACCACACAAAAGACUCGGACAAUGUUGAAAACAAUCCUCUGCCUGUGCAUAGUGUUGGUGAGUGUAAUACUGAUCCAAAGAAAACUGCAAGAAGGAGUAAUGGUAAGAAAGAGAAGAAAGUUAUUUGUAAGGGAAAGAGCAAAAUGAGUGAGCAAAAACGAGGAACAUAUGCAAUUUAUAGCCCAGAAGUCAGAGCAGAAAUGGGCAAGUAUGCUGCUGAAUAUGGUUGUCAGAAAGCAUGUGAUUACUUUCAAAAUAAACAUGGUUACAAUGUUGCUGAGAGCACAAUGCGAGGUUUAAGAGAUAAAUACCUAAAGAAACGGGAAUUAUGCUCACGUGAAAAUGAUGGAGAAGUAACAUCUCUAGGUUAUGCUCCGCGGGGACGCCCUAUGCGCUUGGGUCAGUAUGAUGAGGUGGUACAAGAGUGUAUGCAGGAACUUGUGAAAUCAGGUGAAAAGAUCUCUUCAUUUUUGGCAAUUACUACAGCAAAGCAUGUUCUAAUGCAAUAUGAACCUCACCUCUUGGAAGAAAAUGGAGGUAAAAUUAAAUUAAAUGUCACUUGGGCAAAAUCAUUUCUCAAGAGAAGUGGAAUUAAAAAUCAUUCAUGA